AUGCAUUUCAACAACAACCUCCUCUUGCUCGCCUUCUUCGGCGCCGCGACCGCCCUUCGUCGAACUUGCAAGGUCGACAAUAUUCCGACUAAAGGCAGCGGCACCUACACCGCUAAAGGCACCGACACUUGGCGCAACAUCGCGGCCGACUUCUGCACCGAUUUAGGCGAGCUGGAAGCGCGAAACAAUGUCUCCCCGAUCAAAGAAGGAAAUAUUAUCAGAGUUCCUUGCCGGGCUCGACCGCGCGAUUGCUUGAGGAUCCCGAACGAAAAUGUUGGGUACUACACGGUCGCCCAAGGCGACACGAUAGAUAACAUUGCGUCGGAUUUCUGCUCCGACGCCAAAAAUUUGUCGUUUUUAAACCCCGACGUGAUCAAGGACAACUCGGUCAGCCAGGGCAAGGUUAUCAAGGUUCCUUGCUCUUGGAACUAG